ACACACACAACACACGCGCACACAUAAAAUACAGAACUGUCAUAAUGAUUACAGAAUUCACUGGAACAUUUACAUUUAAACUGAUCACAAAGGUAGCACAGGUAUGACCUGCACCUAAUAUCUGCUAAAGGAGGAGCCCCUGACAGGGCUGAGGAAUGCAUGAUUGAAUUAUUCACGGCAAUCUACAGAAGAAAAGAUCGGCCAACUCCGGGGCACAGAGGCGGAGUCCGGCUCGGACACUAUUGCCAGAAUUGGCCGGAGGUCCCACGUCAGUCAGUGGCCAGGCCCCGAACUCGAGCCUCAUUCGUCGUCCGCCCACCACGGGGCGGGACGGCUACGCCUUCGGCGCUUUUAUUCACGCCGCGCCAGUGUGGGUCUGAUUCGGAAGCCACAGACCCACCGAGGAGCUGGCACGCUAACGAAAACCUCGGCGCUGUCAUUUCAGAGUCAAGAAAACAUCGUCAAGGAAACAUCAGAGACACAGGCUGAACUUGCCGUCCGACAGGCCCUCCCGCGGGGAAUGCUUCCGGGGCAGGGGGCGGGGCUGCCGGAAGUGGCCGGACGCCGUCUGCUGUUCGUUGUUUAAGCGGCUGACGGGAAGGAGAAGCAGAAGCCCCGGCGGCGCCGCGGGGCGGCAGUCACGACCUGAUCCCGGGCGGCCGCUAGCCUCUGGACGAGCCAGAAGCCAGGAGUACCGGCUGCGGAGCGGAGGGGCGAGACGCCCGCUCGCCUUCGGAUCUCAUCAUGUCGCGGGGCUCCAUCGAGAUUCCCCUCCGGGACACUGACGAGGUCAUUGAACUUGACUUCGAUCAGUUACCGGAGGGAGACGAAGUUAUCAGUAUUCUGAAACAGGAACACACACAACUGCACAUAUGGAUUGCUUUGGCGCUGGAAUAUUACAAGCAAGGAAAAACAGAAGAGUUUGUAAAGUUGUUGGAAGCAGCACGUAUAGAUGGCAAUUUGGACUAUAGAGACCAUGAGAAAGACCAGAUGACCUGCUUGGAUACAUUGGCAGCCUAUUAUGUACAACAGGCUCGGAAGGAAAAGAAUAAGGAUAAUAAGAAAGAUCUUAUUACACAGGCAACCCUGUUGUAUACCAUGGCCGAUAAAAUUAUUAUGUAUGAUCAGAACCACUUGUUAGGCAGAGCCUGCUUCUGCCUACUGGAAGGUGACAAAAUGGAUCAGGCUGAUGCACAGUUUCAUUUUGUACUCAACCAGUCUCCAAAUAAUAUUCCAGCCCUUCUUGGGAAAGCUUGCAUUUCAUUCAACAAGAAGGAUUACAGAGGAGCUCUUGCUUACUAUAAGAAAGCAUUGCGUACUAACCCAGGAUGUCCAGCGGAAGUUCGUUUAGGAAUGGGCCAUUGCUUUGUGAAACUUAACAAACUGGAAAAAGCUCGUCUGGCAUUCAGCAGAGCCCUGGAACUCAACUCCAAAUGUGUGGGAGCAUUGGUUGGACUGGCUGUACUAGAACUCAACAAUAAAGAGGCUGAUUCCAUCAAAAAUGGUGUCCAGCUUCUUUCCAGAGCCUAUACUAUUGAUCCUAGCAACCCCAUGGUAUUGAACCAUUUGGCAAAUCACUUUUUCUUCAAAAAGGAUUAUAGUAAAGUCCAGCACUUGGCUCUCCAUGCAUUCCAUAAUACAGAAGUGGAGGCUAUGCAAGCAGAAAGUUGCUAUCAGCUGGCUAGAUCAUUCCACGUUCAGGAAGAUUAUGACCAAGCUUUCCAGUACUACUAUCAAGCCACACAAUUUGCCUCAUCCUCUUUUGUGCUGCCAUUUUUUGGCUUGGGACAAAUGUAUAUAUAUCGAGGUGACAAAGAAAAUGCAUCUCAGUGCUUUGAGAAAGUUUUGAAAGCAUAUCCUAAUAAUUAUGAAACUAUGAAAAUCCUUGGCUCUCUAUAUGCAGCCUCAGAAGAUCAAGAAAAACGAGAUAUCGCUAAGGGCCAUUUGAAGAAGGUCACAGAACAGUAUCCUGAUGACGUUGAAGCUUGGAUUGAAUUAGCGCAAAUCUUAGAACAGACUGAUAUACAGGGUGCCCUUUCAGCCUAUGGAACAGCUACACGGAUCCUUCAGGAGAAAGUGCAGGCCGAUGUCCCACCAGAGAUUUUGAAUAAUGUGGGAGCCCUCCAUUUUAGACUUGGAAAUCUAGGGGAGGCAAAGAAAUAUUUUUUGGCAUCAUUGGAUCGUGCAAAGGCAGAAGCUGAGCAUGAUGAACAUUAUUAUAAUGCCAUUUCUGUUACAACAUCGUACAAUUUAGCCAGGCUGUAUGAGGCAAUGUGUGAAUUCCACGAAGCUGAAAAACUAUAUAAAAACAUCUUACGGGAACAUCCUAAUUAUGUUGACUGCUAUCUGCGCCUUGGAGCCAUGGCUAGAGAUAAAGGAAAUUUUUAUGAGGCUUCAGAUUGGUUUAAGGAAGCUCUUCAGAUUAAUCAGGACCAUCCAGAUGCUUGGUCUUUGAUUGGCAAUCUUCAUUUAGCAAAACAAGAAUGGGGUCCGGGACAGAAGAAAUUUGAGAGAAUAUUAAAACAACCAUCUACACAGAGUGACACUUACUCUAUGCUGGCCCUUGGCAACGUCUGGCUCCAGACUUUGCAUCAGCCCACCCGAGAUCGAGAAAAGGAAAAGCGUCACCAAGAUCGUGCCCUGGCCAUCUACAAACAAGUGCUCAGAAAUGACGCAAAAAAUCUGUAUGCUGCUAAUGGCAUAGGAGCUGUUUUGGCCCACAAAGGAUAUUUUCGUGAAGCUCGUGAUGUAUUUGCCCAAGUAAGAGAAGCAACAGCAGAUAUCAGUGAUGUGUGGUUGAACCUAGCACACAUCUAUGUGGAACAGAAGCAAUAUAUCAGUGCCGUUCAGAUGUAUGAAAACUGCCUCAGAAAGUUCUAUAAGCACCAGAACACUGAAGUUGUACUGUAUUUGGCUCGGGCACUCUUCAAGUGUGGCAAGUUACAGGAAUGCAAACAGACUUUGCUAAAGGCUAGACAUGUGGCGCCCAGUGAUACAGUACUUAUGUUUAAUGUGGCCUUGGUUCUGCAGAGACUAGCUACCUCUGUUCUGAAAGAUGAAAAGAGUAAUCUGAAGGAAGUACUUAAUGCUGUGAAAGAACUGGAGCUUGCACAUAGAUACUUCAGUUACUUGAGUAAAGUGGGAGAUAAAAUGAGAUUCGAUUUGGCCCUCGCUGCUACAGAAGCCAGGCAGUGCUCUGACUUACUGAGCCAGGCCCAGUACCAUGUCGCCCGGGCACGUAAACAAGAUGAAGAAGAGAGGGAGUUACGGGCCAAACAAGAGCAAGAAAAGGAACUGUUAAGGCAGAAACUUCUUAAAGAACAGGAAGAGAAACGUCUCAGAGAAAAAGAAGAGCAAAAGAAACUUUUAGAACAGCGGGCCCAGUAUGUUGAGAAGACCAAAAAUAUUCUUAUGUUUACUGGAGAGACCGAAGCAACAAAAGAAAAGAAAAGAGGAGGUGGUGGUGGACGGCGUUCUAAAAAGGGAGGAGAGUUUGAUGAAUUUGUCAACGACGAUACCGACGAUGACCUGCCUAUAUCCAAGAAGAAGAAGAGAAGAAAGGGCAGUGGUAGUGAACAAGAAGGGGAAGAUGAGGAAGGUGGUGAAAGAAAGAAGAAAAAGAGGAGAAGACCUCCAAAGGGAGAAGAAGGAUCUGAUGAUGAGGAAACAGAAAAUGGCCCCAAACCGAAAAAGCGACGUCCACCAAAAGCAGAGAAGAAGAAGGCUCCCAAGCCAGAGCGUCUGCCUCCUUCAAUGAAGGGAAAAAUAAAAUCCAAAGCCAUAAUAUCAUCAAGCGAUGAUUCUUCAGAUGAAGAUAAACUUAAAAUUGCUGAUGAAGGACAUCACCGCAACAGCAACAGCAACAGCGACUCCGACGAGGGUGAACGGCGGAAGAAACAUGCCUCUUCAGACAGCGAUUCUGAUGAGAACCAGAACAAGUCUGGCAGCGAGGCCGGCAGUCCCCGGAGGCCCCGAAGACAGCAGUCAGAUGAGGAUUCAGACAGUGACCAGCCAGCCAGAAAGAGAAGGCCCUCGGGUUCUGAACAGUCUGACAACGAAUCUGUGCAGUCUGGGAGAAGCCGCUCUGGAGGUUCUGAGAUGGACUCUCGCCCGGCUUCUCCAAGUGCCGAGUCAGACCACGAUUCCGAGAGAGGAUCUGAUAACGAGGGCUCUGGCCAAGGCUCUGGAAAUGAAUCAGAACCAGAGGGAUCCAACAAUGAGGCCUCGGAUCGGGGCUCAGAACAUGGAUCAGAUGAUAGCGACUAGGUUUUAUUUCAUAAAUAAGCUUCAUCUCUGGAGGAAACUUUUUUAAUAUAUGAAAGCUGUGACAGAAACGCUUCAGAUGUUUAGUCAAACAAUUGUGAAAUUUUUCCUAAGGCAGUUUUUUUUUCUACCCAUUUGUAUAUUACUAAGCCCCAAGAGAUAUUUCCUGCGCUAAAGUCCAGUAUCUGAGUCUCUUGAGCAAGUGAAGAAUGUGACUGUUCCUCGUUGCGGUACAGUUCUACCUGUCAUGUGUGAAAACCACAGGAAGAAUAAACCCAGAUGCUAAAUCAUUCCUACAGAGGUUUGGCUGAAACUGGCAGAGACGUCUCCUCAUCUUCGUACGUUAAGCAGCAUACUGUUUCGGUUUUUAUUGCAGUCUUUGACCAAGUGGUGCAGGCAACUUGGUGUUCAUGUCUUUGUUCCAUUUUAAGUUCAGAUUGAGAAUAUUUUUAUUUUCUGGAGGAGGAAGUAUCUACUGUAUAAUCGCACCAAAGUACAAGUGAAAGGAAGGUUUUCUCCAAUAGUGUAACACUGCAGCCGUGUAGAUAAAAACCACAGAUACGUAAUUUGUUAGGUCGACUAAGAUGUGGACAAAUGCUUUUCUGUUAGUAGAAUGCAAAGACCUACAUACGUCACACAAUAAAAUUCUCUUACCAACUUU